AUGCUCUUUCUAAACAUAUCUCAUGUUGCUGCGCUUUUAUCGGUCGAUGUUCCAGAGCGUGUUCUAACUUCUGUUGCAGACUCUGUUAGAUAUGUUGAUGCAGUCUCUGCUCCCUCAGAAUCAUGUUCAAAUAAGGACUACUAUACUGAACCUAAACCUGAUUCGUCAAAAACCAAUGUCAUUCUGAACUUGAAUCUGAUUCGUCAAAAACCAGUGUCUCCAGCAGUCAUAGAAAACGUUCCAACCCUCGAGCGAGACGAUCUUGAGAACAUCGACUCCGAUACAGAGAUCUUGCCUAAUCCGGGCAACUUGGCGAUGGCGUUAGUUCAGUUUAAUGGUGACAACUUUGAUGAAUGGGCUCAAGCGGUGCGGACUGCGCUGCGAGUAAAGAAGAAGUUUGGUUUCGUUGACGGAAGUGUGACGGAGCCGGCGAAAGAUGCAGCAGACCAUGAAGAUUGGCUUUCUGCUAAAUCAAUGGUGACUUUGUGGAUCUUAAACACAGUGGAUUCUAAAGUAAGAAGAACUUUGGCAAACAAAGAAGAUCCAGCGGAGCUGUGGAAAGAGAUUAAGGAACGAUUCUCUGAAGGAAACGGACCAAGAAUUCAGGAGAUCAAGGCUGAACUGGCGUGUGGAUUAUGCAAGUGCAACUUGAAUUCCGAACUUGAGAAGAAACGAGAAGAAGAUCGGAUUCACCAGUUUCUUCUAGGGCUUGAUGAUGCUAUCUAUGGAGGAGUUCGCACUUCAAUCAUCAGCACUGAUCCUCUUCCAAACCUUAACCAAGUUUACUCCAAAUGUAAUGUCAAAGAGGAGAAGCUCAAACUGACAUGCACAAACUGUAAGAAGAAAGGACACACCGCAGAGACAUGCUAUCAAACCAUCGGAUAUCCAGAAUGGUGGGGAGAAAGAGCAGGACAACAAGGAGGAGGUCGCGGUGGUGGUCGUGGAAUGGGAAGAGGACGCGGAAUGGUUCGAGCCAAUGCCGUGAUAGGUCCAAACAGUGGUGAUGGUGAAAUCAGCACUGAAGCAGAACGAAGUGGGUACAUUGGACUCACUAACGAACAAUGGAGCACACUAAUCAAGCUAUUGGAAGAGAAACAAGGAGCAACACCUCGCUUGACUGGUAAGUCUUUCUCUCAUGACUGGGUGAUUGAUACAGGAGCAUCGAAUCACAUGACUGGAUAUGUUGACUUGUUGAAUGAUCGGAAGUAUAUGUUGCCAUGUGGUAUUGGCCUUCCAAAUGGAAAACAGAGCUUGUCUCGAGAAAAAGGGACAGUAAUUUUUGAUGAAGAUUUUGCUCUUAAGAAUGUGUUGUUUGUUCCGGAUUUGAGAUGCAACUUGAUAUCGGUGUCACAACUUAUUAAGGACUUGGAUGUGGUGUUACAGAUUGCUAAUAAGGGUUGUGUAAUUCAGGACCGUAUCGAGAGGAGGCUGAUUGGAGCGGGUGAGCUUCGGGAUGGACUUUACUUCUUUCGUCGCUUGAAGAAUUUUAGAGCUUUACCUUUGAAUAAAGAUGGAGCCGAUGAGAUGUGGCAUCAACGACUUGGACAUCCAUCCAAUGGUGUUUUUGAUUUGCUUCCUAUUGUUGGAAAAUCACCUUAUGAACUGAUUUAUGGUGUUCCUCCCACUUAUGACAACUUGAAGGUUUUUGGCUGCUUGGCAUUUGCUCAUAAUCAACGAAGAGGAGGAGAUAAGUUUGAAAGUCGAAGCAGACGUUGCUUGUUUGUGGGAUAUCCAUUUGAUAAGAAAGGAUGGAAUUUAUUUGAUUUGGAAACAGAGGAAGUGUUUGUCUCUCGAGAUGUUAUUUUCGUGGAAGAUGUUUUUCCUCUUAGACAUGAAUCGCUUGCAGGUGCAAGCAAUGAUGAUUCAAAUAGACCUUUGGAUUUUGGUUUAUUUGACGAUGACGAACCGGAGGUUGUGGAAUCAAGACUUGAUGAUACACAUCUUGGCAAACCGGUUGACCCUGUAACGCAUGAAGAAAAUGUUACUGCUAAACGCAUAGAAUCAACUGAUAAUGUUCAAAGACAAGAGGAAUGUCUUGAAGGAACUCACGAGAAUGUGACGAAGGAUAGUUGUGAUGACACACAACCAACUACUGAAAAUCUGGGACGCGGUAUGAGAUCGAAGAAGAUCCCGUCCAAGCUGAAUGACUUUGUGCUUAAUACCAUUCGCGAAACGGAGGGUGUGGAUGGGGAAAUUGAGAUUUCAUUUGAAGAAAGCAUGGAUGAACACAGUUUUCAUCCUAUAUCUCAUUAUCUUGAUAGCAAGUCCUUCUCUCCUCGUCAUCGAGCGUUUCUUGCAGCCUUGCAUGCAGAAACUGCACCAAUAUUUUUUAAGGAUGCUGUUGUCUACAAGAAAUGGAGGGAAGCGAUGCUGGCUGAGAUAGAAGCUUUGGACCUUAAUGGAACGUGGGAUUUGGUAGAACUUCCAAAAGGGAAAACAGCCAUUGGUUGUAAAUGGGUGUAUACGAUAAAGUUUCGAGCUGAUGGAACGUUGGAGAGAUAUAAAGCAAGAUUGGUUGCUCUUGGAAAUAGACAAGUUGAGGGUGUAGAUUACUCAGACACGUUUGCUCCAGUCAUCAAGAUGUCAACAAUUCGUUUGUUUCUUGAAGUGGCUGCAGCCAAACAAUGGGAAUUACAUCAAAUGGAUGUGCAUAAUGCAUUUCUUCAUGGAGAUUUAGACGAGGAAGUGUAUAUGCGCUUACCACCGGGAUUUCGUGUGGGGGACAAACAGAUGGUUUGUCGACUUAAGAAGUCAUUGUAUGGCUUGAAGCAAGCUCCGCGCUGUUGGUUUGCUAAGCUGCGCACUGCUUUGAUUGGAUAUGGUUUUAAACAGUCAUAUUCGGACUACUCUUUGUUCUAUCUACGAAAAGAAGGUAUUGAGAUAUACAUACUUGUGUAUGUAGAUGAUUUGGUCAUUGGAGGGAAUGAUUCUAAAGCUAUUGGAGAUUUUAAACAAUACUUGGGAGAAUGUUUUCAUAUGAAGGAUUUAGGGAAACUGAAAUAUUUUCUAGGCAUAGAAGUUGCAAGGAAUAAAGAUGGUAUCUUUCUUUGUCAAAGAAAGUAUACGCUGGAUAUUAUCAGUGAUGCAGGUUGUCUUGGAUCGAAACCUGCUACAUCUCCGAUUGAACAACAACACAAGCUUGCGUUAUCAGAUAAACCGUUUCUUGAAGAUCCAGAACGUUAUCGACGUUUAGUUGGCCGGUUGAUCUACUUAUUGGCCACUCGACCUGAUCUGACUUAUGUGGUUCAUGUACUCUCUCAAUUUAUGCAUCAGCCACGAAUAGAUCAUUGGGAGACUGCUUUGCGUGUUGUUCGUUAUUUGAAAGGUACUCCGGGACAGGGAGUGUUAUUGAAAUCUGAUAGUGAUCUUCGGUUGAGAGGCUGGUGUGAUGCUGAUUUUUCGGGGUGUCGGCUCACUAGAAGAUCGCUUGGUGCUUUGUUUAUUACUCUUGGAACUUCGCCGGUCUCAUGGAAAGCUAAGAAACAAGAUGUGGUUUCUCAGUCUUCUGCUGAAUCAGAGUAUCGGAGUAUGGCGAAAGCAGUUGGAGAACUAAAAUGGCUGCGUGAUGUGCUCAUUGACUUAGGUAUUACUCAAACACAGCCGAUGGAACUCUAUUGUGAUAAUCAAGCGGCUUUGUAUAUUGCGGCGAAUCCUGUGUUUCAUGAGCGCACCAAACAUGUAGAACGAGAUUGUCACACGGUGCGUGACUCGAUUGUCGAUGGCACGAUUGUUACUAAGAAAGUGGAUACUCACGAUCAACUUGCUGAUGUGUUUACUAAGGCAUUGGGACGUCGUGACUUUGAGAAUAUCAUUUCCAAGUUGGGCAUCUAUAAUCCAUAUGCUCCAACUUGA